GUCUGCACGACAGCUAUAGUCUAUCCGACCAAUAAUUGCUGUGCUGUUAAAGCUAGAUAGGGAGAUAACUCCCACAAGGUGAACACAAAACAGUGAAAUAUACUGCACAGGGAAGAGGAAUAAUGUUUGAAGGAUCAGAAGAUAUCGUAAGAUGUUUCUGUUGUGGCAUCGAGCUUGCAGAAUGGAAUCCCGAUGAGGACCCCUGGGUAGAGCACGCCCGUCAUAGUCCUGAAUGUCAAUACCUUAAAGACCAGAAAGGUCAAGAUUACAUCAACAACAUUAAGGCACAAUGGGCAGAGAUUUACACGCCAAAACAUCCCGCCUAUACACAAGUCUAUAAAAGACGUAGGACAUUUCGACACGAGAAUUGGCCCAGAAAUAUUGUAAUCCAGUCUAAUGAUCAACCCGCAGCGGCUGGUUUCUUUUAUGCAGGAGUGGGUAACACUGUUAGGUGUCACUACUGUGAUAGAAGCCUUAGAGACUGGGAACCUGCAGAUGAUCCCUGGGUAGAACAUGCCCGAUGGUUUCCGUUUUGCAAUUUUGUGUUGAAAAUGAAAGGCUCUGGAAAAAUACUACCGCGACCCGUCGUUCCAUCAGUAGAACCACACUUCAACGAACGUCAGAGGGAUUUUACCCAAAGACACAAUGGCGACGGCGGUAGGAGGACGUUGGAACCUGGUGAUGUGAAUACUGGAAGUGAACCACAAGUGCCCGUCCCGCCUACUUCUCUCACCCCAGCAGCCCCACUCGUCCAGGCGCUUGAUGACGGAGAUUCCAUACCUCCCCCUGGAAAUACCUGGACCGAAAAUGACCAGGAAAUCAACCUCCAAGACUACGUGAGGGUCAAACUCAACCCGCCACAUUAAAUACAACAGACUUACAACUCUUUUGUGACAUAAUCUGAAAUAAAAGUAUGUUUGUUGUCAUCUA